AUGACCGACGACGUCCUUCUCCCAUUCCUCCACGGCAUUCAAACUCUAUCCAUAGCUGAACCCACUCGCUCUGCCUCCUUACCUUUUCCAGAGCUUACCGUUUACCAAGUUUUCGCUACCAGUCUACUCUGUAUAUGGCAAGCCCACUGGCGCUCCAUCUUCGACCAUGUCCCUUUUGUCACUCUCAACGUUAACACAUCUAUUGCCCGUUCUCUGUCUCGCUUGGAAUCGGAAUUACAGUUUGAUUUGUAA